AGCCGGGCAGUCCGGGCGCCUGCGGGAGCUCGCCGCGCGCUUGGGCUGGGACCCGCUGGGCCGAGCGCGCCGGCGCCGCGACCACAGACAAAGGCGCCGCUCGCUCCCGGUCCGCCGCGCUCUCGGGCUCUGCCUUGGUUCUGGAGGCUGGGAAGUCCAAGUCCAAGAUCAGCAAUGUCUGCAAGACUAGACCAGGGUCCCUCCCAACAUUUUGUCCCAUGGGACCGAGACAGCCUUCAUUUUUGGAGCAUCCUUCCAGCUUUGCCUUGGUGACCAUGACAUUGACAGAUAGGAGACUCUGCCUGAAAGUUCCUGCAGGCUUUCUGGGUCCAGCAGAACACAGUGUCAUUCAAGAUGGCAUGAAUGAGGGUGUGACGGAGAAUGCUGCCCACCUCUGAAGUCUCUGGAGGAUCCUGGCAGGCCAGCUGAGCUGCCCUCAGGUUUGGGCCUUGAGGUGUAACUGGGUGUAGAGCUCAUGAAAGGUGCUUGGAUUUCUCCAGUUUUCUUCACCGUCACUCAACAAACUGGUUUGGGUUUCAGAAUCUAAGAGGAACUGGUAGAAAGGAGAGCUGGCAGAGGUAGAAAGAAAUCCCUGGAAGCCUCUACAAUCCAUUGUUGGAAUCUCUUCAUAUUGCUCCAGAUCCAGAGGGCAGCCCCCUAGCUGACAGAGGCUGCCAUACAGCUAGCUUCGGACCACCGAAAGUAGAGGAACACAGCUCAGCAGCAGCUCUGCAUUUCAGCCAGAAGGAACCUCUGUUAACAAAGGAUUUUAAGGGGAGAGUUGCUGCGUCUUUACUAUGUGGCCCAUUAUGAUAGGAAACUUUAUGUUCACAUAGUGAAUAAGACUGGUUUUUUCUUUCCAAGAUGAUAUAUUUGAAAGAAUCAUGAGCCAUUCUAAGUUUCCAAGAAGGCUCAGGAAUUGGUGGACAGCCUUCCCAGUGCAGGUUAAGGAAACAGUCUGAGCCUCCAACUUGUACAGCUCAGCAAGUAUGGACUUAUGCCACUCUUGUCUCCAGAGAGCUGGUGGCAGUGACAUCACUAGAAGAAAAAGCAUUCCUCAGCCUUGGGACUUGACAGAAUGAGGUGUGCUGGGAAAGCCACUAGCUGGGACUUGGCCUUUUCUGACUGCCCUUUCAUCCCACGGGCAGCCCCUGACCACUAAGCCAACAAUGGCUGAGAAGGGUGACUGCAUCGCCAGUGUCUACGGUUAUGACCUUGGUGGGCGUUUCAUUGACUUGCAACCCCUGGGCUUUGGCGUCAAUGGGCUGGUACUGUCGGCCGUGGACAGCAGGGCCUGCCGGAAGGUGGCCGUGAAGAAGAUCACCCUGAGUGACACCCGCAGCAUGAAGCACGCGCUCCGGGAAAUCAAGAUCAUCCGGCGCCUAGACCAUGACAACAUCGUGAAGGUGUAUGAGGUCCUGGGGCCCAAGGGCACUGACCUGCAGGGCGAGCUGUUCAAGUUCAGCGUGGCCUACAUCGUCCAGGAGUACAUGGAGACCGACCUGGCGCGCCUGCUGGAGCAGGGCACCCUGACAGAGGAGCACGCCAAGCUGUUCAUGUACCAGCUGCUCCGAGGGCUCAAGUACAUCCACUCCGCCAACGUGCUGCACAGGGACCUGAAGCCCGCCAACAUCUUCAUCAGCACAGAAGACCUCGUGCUCAAGAUUGGGGAUUUUGGGUUGGCAAGGAUCGUUGAUCAGCAUUACUCACACAAGGGUUACCUGUCAGAAGGCUUGGUAACAAAGUGGUACCGCUCACCACGCCUGCUCCUCUCCCCCAACAACUACACCAAAGCCAUCGACAUGUGGGCCGCCGGCUGCAUCCUAGCCGAGAUGCUCACAGGGAGGAUGCUCUUUGCUGGGGCUCAUGAGCUGGAGCAGAUGCAGCUCAUCCUGGAGACCAUCCCUGUAAUCCGGGAGGAGGACAAGGACGAGCUGCUCAAAGUGAUGCCUUCCUUCAUCAGCAGCACCUGGGAGGUGAAGAGGCCGCUGCGUAAGCUGCUCCCAGAGGUCAACAGCGAAGCCAUCGACUUUCUGGAGAAGAUCCUGACCUUUAAUCCCAUGGAUCGCCUGACCGCCGAGAUGGGGCUGCAGCACCCCUACAUGAGCCCGUACUCUUGCCCCGAGGAUGAGCCCACCUCGCAGCACCCCUUCCGCAUUGAGGACGAGAUUGAUGACAUCCUGCUGAUGGCUGACAACCAAAGCCAGCUCUCCAACUGGGACAGGUACCCCGUGAGCCUGUCAUCGGACCUGGAGUGGCGGCCCGACCGAUGCCAGGACGCGAGCGAGGUGCAGCGCGACCCGCGCGCGGGCUCGGCGCCGCUGGUGGAGGACGUGCAGGUGGACCCACGCAAGGACUCACAGAGCAGCUCGGAGCGCUUCCUGGAGCAUUCGCACUCGUCCAUGGAGCGCGCCUUCGAGGCCGACUACGGGCGCUCCUGCGACUACAAGGUGGGGUCGCCGUCCUACCUGGACAAGCUGCUGUGGCGCGACAAUAAGCCACACCACUACUCGGAGCCCAAGCUCAUCCUGGACCUGUCGCACUGGAAGCAGGCGGCCGGGGCGCCCCCCAGUGCCGCGGUGUCCGCUGUGGCGGCAGACGCCGGGCCGCGCGACGACGAGCCAGCCAGCCUCUUCCUGGAGAUCGCGCAGUGGGUCAAGAGCACGCAGGGCGGCCAAGAGCGCUCCAGCCCGCCCCCAGACGUCCCUGAGCGCCGCCUGUCGGCCACCCCACCGGGUCGCCCAGCCCCCAUGGACGGGGGCGCUAGCCCCCAGUUCGACCUGGACGUGUUCAUCUCCCGAGCUCUGAAGCUCUGCACCAAGCCCGAGGACCUGCCGGACAACAAACUGGGCGACCUCAACGGCGCGUGCAUCUCCGAGCACCCUGGCGAUCUCGUGCAGACCGAGGCCUUCUCCAAAGAAAGGUGGUAAGGGUGGAGGAGUCGCUCCAGGACACCGGGAGAACACCCUGGGGAAGCCGGGCCUGGCAGGAGGGGGGCGGCCUCCCCGGCACCUCCCGCACCCCUUUUCCCCUUCUCUGCUGCCUUGGGGUUAGCAGAACACAGAAAGGAUCCGAGGAGCGAGAGGAAUGUCCUUUUCUUAAACUGCCUUAAUAACUAGCCUUUAACCUCUGGGAACGGGUUUGAACAGGAGCCUAGUGUGGGGUUGAUCACUUUCACAGCGAAGAGGAGGCCCUUGCGUUUUCCUAAGUGGUGGUGCACAGGGAAGAAAAACGUCUCAGACGGCCUGCAGGCCCCACCUGUGUGGCCUCAUGCAGAGAGGAAUCUUGGGGGCAUAGUGUUGAAACCAUUCUGGUCCAAUUAGCCUCCAGUGACUGAUGAGGAAGGCCAGUGAGGCCCAGAGAAGCCCAAUGACUUGCUUAGGCAAAGCCUCCGAUCCCAGUCUCCUGGCCCUCUGGCUGUGUCUGUCCACUAACCAAUGUCUUCCUCUACCGGGGUUACUCUGUCUUUUCGCUCAGAAAACUUGGUUCAAGAUGUUCCUUCCUUGGCUGUUCCCAUCUAAUCCAUUCUGUGUGCUUUUACUCAGAGCCAUGUCCCUUGAAUUCUGAAAUUGGAAAUGGAGCUAGCUUCUCCCCCUACUCCACCAAGUAUAUUUUUUUUCUGGCUCCUCAAGUACUUAAAUAUUCCCAUCUGCCCUCCACCCCCCGCUCCUGCCUCACCCCUGCGUGCUCUGAAAACUUGGUUUCAGAUCAGGAUAGAUUGGGGUCUGUGGGUAAAGAACUCAUUCUCCCAGGCCUGGGCACCCACCUUCUCCAGAACUUCCUAUGCACUUUCCUGACACCUGCAUGGACAAAAAGAUGCAGCUCUAGUUCCCAAGGGAAUGUCAUACAUGGGUGAGUUUGAAGACAGCAAUUCCAAGAAUCCCUCCAGCCCGCCCCACCCUCCACCCCCACAGACACAGCGCUUCCCCAAGCCUACCUGGGGAACUAAUGUUCUCAUCCCGAGAACAAGGUGCCUGCCCUAGAGCAAAUGCAUGAAGAGAGAUUUCGCACAGGACCCAUUUGGCUUCAUUAAUACUGUCUGAUUUUGAUCACCCAUUUAGCCCUGGCAAAGAGCAGACCCUGAAGAAAGGCAUUGGAAAGCGAGGGACCCUGGGGACAAGGCAUGCAGAAAGGUGGGAAGGUAUGAAAGAUGGUGUGCCAACAGUGAGGGCCCUCAGGGAUCAGAAUCAGAGUGGGGACCCUACAACCAAAGAAAGGACUCAAGGCCACCAUGUCCUUCCUGGCUUAGGCCAGGAUGAGUUUGGACCAUGCAAAACCAGAGGUGCUCUUGCACACAGAGCCAAGGGGCCCAGUAUGUGGGCACAGCAGGCCCUCAGCAGAAGCAUGCGAUCUAGUGUCCUGCACAUGCUCUGCCAUUUCCACCACUAGCAUUCAGCUCCCCCUAAAGAGGCCCACGGGAAAUCUAGCCAGUCUGUAAACAGAGAAUUCCCCAGUGUUGAUCUUAGGCUGUGUUCACCCUCACCUCAACAGCACCUUAAAUCUAAACAGCUAUCUAGGAUCUGUACAUCAAAACCUGCAACACGUUAGAAACUUAUAUUUAAAAGCAAUUCAUCAUACUGACCAAUUUUUAAAUGGAAAAUAUGUAAAUAUGAAAUAUUCGGGUUUCUUUUUUCUUUUUUUUAAAGAAAAGGAAGUGUACACCGCUCCUCAUGUGCCAUUUGUCCUCAGAGGGCGGCUUUACUUUUUUGGUAAAGGAACAAGCUGCUGACCUUGACCAGGAGUUCAUACAUAAUUGUUAUUACAGAGGAAUUGCUAUUACUACUCGUGUUUUAAAAAAAAAAUCUAUUAAACAUUAUUAAAAUUGAUUGGGA